AUGGUAUUGGAGUUAAAUGCGUCUGAUGACAGAGGUAUUGAUGUAGUUAGAAAUCAAAUCAAGAACUUUGCAUCAACUAUGCAAAUCUUUAGCAAGGGGUUCAAAUUGAUCAUUUUAGAUGAAGCAGAUGCCAUGACUUCAGUUGCACAAAAUUCAUUGAGAAGGAUUAUUGAAAAAUAUACCAAGAACACAAGAUUUUGUAUACUAGCAAACUAUUCUCAUAAGUUGAACCCUGCCUUAAUAUCCAGAUGCACAAGGUUCAGAUUUCAACCAAUUGGAGAAUCUGCUAUUCAGGAAAGACUUAAAAAUGUAAUAAUAAAAGAGAACCUAAACAUCAAUGAAGACGCAGAAAAAGCAUUACUUAAAUUAUCUAAUGGUGAUAUGAGAAGAGCACUCAAUGUUUUACAAGCUGUUAAGGCAUCUUUGGAUCACGAUAAUGAUGAAAUUGAUCAAGAUAUGAUAUAUGAAUGCAUUGGAGCCCCUCAUCCACAAGAUAUCGAAACCGCGUUAGACUCUAUAUUGAAGGACGACUGGACAACAUCAUUUUUGACUCUAGAUCAAUACAAGAGGACAAAGGGAUUGGCACUAAUUGAUAUGAUACUGGGCUUUGUUGAAAUCUUAAAUAACUAUCAAUUGAAACCUAAAACAAGAAUUGAGAUAUUGAAGGGUUUAUCAGAAGUUGAGUAUGGUAUCUCGAAAGGUGGAAAUGAAAAAAUUCAGACUAGUACAAUAAUAGGUGUUAUUAAGGACGCAUUGGAGUUCGAAAAGUAG